AUGAACUCAAUAAUAAAAGACUCGCUUAUAGAUUUGAAAUCCAACAACUUCAUAAAUCUUUCCAUUGAUGCGAUCCGGUUAUAUCGUGGACUACUCUUGAUUAUUCGAAAUAUAGCACCCAGGUUGACUAACAAUGACAUUUACACAAGUGUUAUUACAAGUUUUGUCAGAUUUUCCAAAGUGGAACCAGUGGAGGAUUGGAAUGUCAAGACAGAAUUGGUGUAUUGGCAAAUUCUUGCAAAUUUCCCCCGAAAUGAACUCGUUGCAGAAGUGAACCAAUUGUUUGAACAAGUACAAUUCAAAAAUGUGUUUAAGUCGCCCAUUGUCCAUUAUUUAUUCAGGCAGUUGUUCACCGAGGACAACGAACUCACAAACUUUAAACUUCAAGAAGUGUUGAAACUUGACGAAAACUACAUCCUUCGAUGCGUAUACUCAUUGUACUUAACUAUAGACUUUACUGAGUUGGAUCACGAUUCAAAGAUGUUCAUCCACUUGCUUUAUGAUGUGAUAACCCAUGAAAGUUUCGUCACCUGGAUAGCUCAUGCUGGACACACUGAUUUGACCAGCUGGUUAGAAUUGACGAGUACCGUGGUUCAAACAAGAGAUCAAUGGAACAUCUAUGAGUUGACAGCAUUGAUUUCAUGGAACAUCGAAGUAUUCUUGACUUACUCCAAGACCUUAACUCCAGAUACCAUAUUGCAAGAUUUCGAACUUGAAGAAGUGAUUACCGUCAAUUUACAUAUUCUUUCAGAAUUGGGUAAGUUCGAAAUCUUCAAGAAGUUACUCGCGCAAUACCCGACAUUCCUCGAACAACUCAUAUCCGUGUUUGGCUCAAUUCAUAAUGCAAUUAAACCAGUAACAAUCAAAAACUCCAAGAUUGAAGGUGUCACCUACAAUUCCGUGAAAUCGUCAAUAAUUAUAAUAUUGUCGUACUUAACCCAUGAACUGUUUGAAGUCCAAGAACAAGUUAGAGAAUUGGGUGGAUUAGCGUUGAUCUUGUCCAACUGUGUUAUUGACAACAACAAUCCAUUCAUCAAGGAACAUGCCAUUGUUUGUUUAAAAUACUUGUUACAAGAUAAUAAACAUAACCAGCAAGUGGUCGCCGAUUUGGAAGCUAAACGUACUGUUGACGAUAAAGUAUUACAAGAAGUUGGGUAUCAAGUUGAAGUUGUAGAAGGUAAGGUUCAAGUAAAGAAGAAGCAAGAUGCUUAA